CAUCGACAACAAUCUCAAACUAAGAACACUGAAGAUCCUCGAGACUUGGAUCCUCCUCCAUUAGAUCCCCAAACCAUGGAUCCUUCAUCCUCCUCGCCUUCUCUUGGCUCAGAUAAUAAGUUGCCCAUUCCGGAAAGUUAUCUUCGUUUGUCUCCUUCCUAUUUAUCUUUUGUUUCCUCCUUAUCCUCCCUUAAGAUUCCUAAUAAUAUUCAUGAGGCACUUGAUUAUCCUGGAUGGCGACAAACCAUGGUUGAUGAAAUGCAGGCACUUGACCACAAUGGUACUUGGGACCUUGUUCCUCUUCCUCCUGGUAAGAAGCUUGUUGGUUAUAGAUGGUUGAAAUGCUUCGUAUAUUCUGUUAACUUCAUUAAUUUGUUGAUCUUCUCACAUGUUAUUGAUUUUGAUGUCAGACUUGCCGCAAAUUGGCCCUCUGUAAUGCAAAUAGUUCGGCUUAUAUCUCAGGACCACAUGAAUAACAAACAAUAUGUAGGAAAGGCAGAUUUCCUAGUUUUUCGGGCAAUGAACCCACAUGGAUUUCUUGUUCAGCUGCAGGAAAAGAAGCUGUGUGCAGUCAUUCAAUUACCAUCACAGACGUUGCUACUAUCUGUUUCUGACAAAGCCUUCCGCUUGAUUGGGAUGCUUUUUCCCGGGGAUAUGGUUGUUUUUAAGCCACAAUUGUCCAGCCAGCAGCAGCAACAAAUGCAGCAACAGCAUCAGCAGAUGCAAUCACAACAGCAGCAUCUUCCCCAGUUGCAACAGCAGCAGCCACUUCCUCACAUGCAGCAACAGCAACUUCCUCAGAUGCAACAACAGCAGCAACAACUCCAGCAGCAGCAGCAACUUCCUCAGAUGCAACAACAGCAGCAGCAACUUCCUCAGAUGCAACAACAGCAGCAGCAGCUUCCUCAGCUACAACAGCAGCAACAGCUGCCUCAGGUCCAACAGCAGCAGCAGCAGCUUUCUCAAUUGCAACAACAACAGCUUCCACAAAUCCAACAACAGCAACAGCUACCUCAACUCCAACAACAAAUUCCACAACUACAGCAACAGCAGCAGCUUCCACAAAUACAGCAACUUCAGCCUCAGCAGCAACAGAUGGUUGGGGCAGGAAUGGGUCAAGGCUAUGUUCAAGGCCCUGGGCGGUCACAGCUGGUUUCACAGGGACAAGUUUCUUCCCAGGGAACAACAAACAUUGGUGGAGGGGGAUUCAUGAGUUAUGUCUUGGUGAUAAGAUGCUUCGUAUAUUCUGUUAACUUCAUUAAUUUGUUGAUCUUCUCACAUGUUAUUGAUUUUGAUGUCAGACUUGCCGCAAAUUGGCCCUCUGUAAUGCAAAUAGUUCGGCUUAUAUCUCAGGACCACAUGAAUAACAAACAAUAUGUAGGAAAGGCAGAUUUCCUAGUUUUUCGGGCAAUGAACCCACAUGGAUUUCUUGUUCAGCUGCAGGAAAAGAAGCUGUGUGCAGUCAUUCAAUUACCAUCACAGACGUUGCUACUAUCUGUUUCUGACAAAGCCUUCCGCUUGAUUGGGAUGCUUUUUCCCGGGGAUAUGGUUGUUUUUAAGCCACAAUUGUCCAGCCAGCAGCAGCAACAAAUGCAGCAACAGCAUCAGCAGAUGCAAUCACAACAGCAGCAUCUUCCCCAGUUGCAACAGCAGCAGCCACUUCCUCACAUGCAGCAACAGCAACUUCCUCAGAUGCAACAACAGCAGCAACAACUCCAGCAGCAGCAGCAACUUCCUCAGAUGCAACAACA